GAGCGCGCGGAGCUGGGCGAGGAGCAGCGCAGCGAGCCCCGGAGCGCAAGCAGCGCAGACUGUCGGUGGCCCGGUGCCGGGGCGCGAGCGGCCGGGAUCUGCAUCCCGCUUCCCAGGAGCUCCCAAUCCAGCUGACCCACGCUCCGGAAUUUGACGCCUGGGGUCAGCGACCGGACUCCGGGAUGCUGAGCUUCUGGUCCGCGAGGCGUUGUACUGUCUGGGUCACCAACCGGAGGGAGCACACUGUCCGAAUGAGAGCUACUAGGAGGCUCAGCACCUCCCUCAAGGCUGUGGUGACUGUGGGCUGGCUCCUCCUGGCUGGCUUCCCGGGGGCCACAUCUGCAGUGGCAGCUGAAUGUCCUGACCAGAAUCCCGAGCUGCAGCCUUGGACCCCUGGCCAAGACCAGAACCAGCAAGUACACAUUGGCAAGGGCAGGAGAUUACUGCUUACCUCCUCAGCCACUGUCUACUCCAUCACCAUCUCAGAGGGAGGUAAGCUUGUUAUCAAAGACCACCAUGAACCCAUCGUGCUGCGCACCCGGCACAUCCUGAUUGAUGAUGGUGGAGAGCUGCAUGCUGGGAGUGCCCUCUGCCCUUUCCAGGGCAACUUCAGCAUCGUGCUGUAUGGAAGGGCUGACGAAGGCAUCCAGCCAGACCCAUACUAUGGCCUGAAAUACAUUGGAGUGGGCAAAGGAGGCACCCUUGAGUUGCAUGGACAGAAAAAGCUCUCCUGGACAUUUCUGAACAAGACCCUUCAUCCUGGUGGCAUGGAGGAGGGAGGCUAUUUCUUUGAAAGGAGCUGGGGCCACCGUGGAGUCAUUGUUCAUGUCAUUGACCCCAAAACAGGCACAGUUGUCCACUCUGACAGGUUUGACACCUACAGAUCCAAGAAAGAGAGUGAACGUCUGGUCCAGUAUCUGAAUGCAGUACCUGACGGCAGGAUCCUUUCUGUCGCAGUGAAUGAUGAAGGUUCUAGAAACCUGGAUGAUACAGCCCGGAAAGCAAUGACCAAACUGGGCAGCAAGCACUUCCUACACCUUGGAUUUAGACACCCCUGGAGUUUCAUCACUGUGAAAGGAAAUCCCUCCUCUUCAGUUGAAGAUCAUAUUGAAUAUCAUGGUCACCGAGGCUCUGCUGCAGCCCAGGUUUUCAAGUUAUUCCAGACAGAGCAUGGAGAAUAUUUCAAUGUUUCUUCGUCCAGUGAGUGGGUUCAAGAUGUGGAGUGGACUGAGUGGUUUGAACAUGAUAAGGUGCCUCAGGGCAAAGGUGGAGAGAAGAUUUCAGACCUCCGGGUAGCUUACCCAGGAAAGAUCUGCAACCGUCCCAUUGACAUACAGGCCACAACAAUGGAUGGAGUCACCCUCAGCACUGAGGUUGUCUACAAAAAUGGCCAAGAUUACAGGUUUGCUUGCUACGCCCGGGGCCGAGCCUGCCACAGCUACCGUGUGCGGUUCCUCUGCGGGAAACCUGUGAGGCCCAAGCUCACAGUCAGUAUUGACACCAAUGUGAACAGCAGCAUCCUGAAUCUGGUGGACAACGUGCAGUCAUGGAGGCCUGGAGACACCCUGGUCGUCGCUAGCACUGACUACUCCAUGUACCAGGCAGAAGAGUUCCAGGUCCUCCCAUGCAAAGCCUGCACCUCCACCCAGGUCAGAGUGGCAGGAAAACCACAGUACCUGCACGUUGGGGAAGAGAUCGAUGGUGUGGACAUGCGGGCUGAGGUCGGGCUUCUGAGCAGGAACAUCAUGGUGAUGGGGGAGAUGGAGGGCCAAUGCUACCCCUACAGCAGCCACAUCUGUGACUUCUUUGACUUCGACACCUUUGGGGGCCACAUCAAGUUUGCAUUGGGGUUUAAAGCAGUCCACUUGGAGGGUGUGGAGCUGAAGCACAUGGGACAGCAACUUGUGGGCCAGUAUCCAAUUCAUUUCCACCUGGCUGGAGAUUUGGAUGAACUGGGAGGCUACAAUCCACCCACGUACAUCAGGGACCUCUCCAUCCACCACACGUUCUCCCGCUGUGUCACCGUCCACGGCUCCAAUGGCCUGUUGAUCAAGGAUGUCGUGGGUUAUAAUUCUUUGGGUCACUGUUUCUUCACGGAAGACGGGCCAGAGGAGCGCAACACUUUUGACCACUGCCUCGGCCUCCUUGUUAAGUCAGGGACUCUUCUCCCAUCAGACCGGGACAGCAAGAUGUGCAAAGUAAUCACAGAGGACUCGUACCCAGGGUACAUCCCCAAGCCCAGGCAGGACUGCAAUGCCGUGUCCACCUUCUGGAUGGCGAAUCCCAACAACAACCUCAUCAACUGUGCAGCUGCGGGGUCAGAGGAAACUGGAUUUUGGUUCAUUUUUCACCAUGUGCCAACAGGCCCUUCUGUGGGAAUGUAUUCCCCAGGUUAUUCCGAACACAUUCCCCUGGGAAAAUUCUAUAACAACCGAGCACAUUCCAACUAUCGGGCUGGCAUGAUAAUAGACAAUGGAGUCAAGACCACCGAGGCCUCAGCCAAGGACAAGCGGCCCUUCCUCUCCAUUAUCUCGGCCAGGUACAGCCCUCACCAGGACGCUGACCCACUGAAGCCUCGGGAGCCCGCCAUCAUCCGCCACUUCACCGCUUACAAGAACCAAGACCAUGGGGCCUGGCUACGAGGUGGAGAUGUGUGGCUGGACAGCUGCCGGUUUGCUGACAAUGGCAUUGGCCUGACCUUAGCCAGUGGUGGAACCUUUCCCUAUGAUGAUGGCUCCAAGCAGGAGAUAAAGAACAGCUUGUUUGUUGGUGAGAGCGGCAAUGUGGGCACAGAAAUGAUGGACAACAGGAUCUGGGGCCCAGGCGGCUUGGACCACAGUGGAAGGACACUCCCUAUAGGCCAAAAUUUUCCAAUUAGAGGAAUUCAGUUCUACGAUGGCCCUAUCAACAUCCAGAACUGCACCUUCCGCAAGUUCGCAGCCCUGGAGGGUCGGCACACCAGUGCCCUGGCCUUCCGCCUAAACAAUGCCUGGCAAAGCUGCCCCCACAACAAUGUGACCAGCAUUGCCUUUGAGGACGUACCGAUUACUUCCAGAGUAUUCUUCGGAGAGCCCGGGCCCUGGUUCAACCAACUGGACAUGGAUGGGGAUAAGACAUCUGUGUUCCAUGAUGUGGAUGGCUCUGUAUCUGAGUACCCUGGCUCCUACCUCACCAAGGAUGACAACUGGCUGGUUCGACACCCGGACUGCAUCAAUGUCCCUGACUGGAGAGGGACCAUCUGCAGUGGGCGCUAUGCACAGAUGUACAUCCAAGCCUACAAGAGCAACAACCUGAGAAUGAAGAUCAUCAAGAACGACUUCCCCAGCCACCCUCUCUACCUGGAGGGAGCCCUCACCAGAAGCACCCACUACCAGCAGUACCAGCCUGUCGUCACCCUGCAGAAGGGCUACACCAUCCACUGGGAUCAAACAGCCCCCGCUGAACUUGCCAUCUGGCUCAUCAACUUCAACAAGGGUGACUGGAUCCGUGUGGGGCUUUGCUACCCAAGGGGCACCACCUUUUCCAUCCUUUCGGAUGUUCACAAUCGUCUGCUAAAGCAAACAUCCAAGACAGGGACCUUCGUGAGGACCCUGCAGAUGGACAAGGUGGAGCAGAGCUAUCCUGGCAGGAGCCAUUACUACUGGGAUGAGGACUCUGGGUGGAUGGGAGGAAGUACCCUAACUCGGAAGAUGGCAUCCAGGUGGUGGUGAUUGAUGGGAACCGAGGGCACGUGUUGAGCCACGGGAGCUUCAGGAACACCAUUCUGCAGGGCAUACCCCGGCAGCUCUUCAACUACAUAGCAGCUGUCCCUGACAAUUCCAUAGUUCUCAUGGCAUCAAAGGGAAGGUACAGCACAAGAGGCCUGUGGACCAAAGUGCUGACAAAGCUUGGGGCUGACAAGUCUCUCAAGUUGAAAGAGAAAAUGACAUUUGUCGGCUUCAAAGGUAGCUUCCGGCCCACGUGGGUGACUCUGGAGACUGACGACCACAAGGCCAAGAUCUUCCAAGUGGUGCCCAUCCCUGUGGUGAGGAAGAAGAAGCUGUGAGUUCAGCUCCUACCUGGUACCGCCUGGGGCUGGCCUCCUGCAGCAGCCCAGGACAAGAUGGCUGGAUCCCCUGGCCCCUGUCAGCCCUACUGGGUCAAGGGACAGAUAUCAGAGACCUUGGUGCUGCCACCUGCCCCUACACAAGUCUACCUGCAGCCCCUGGGCAGUGUUGGGUGAUGCUGCAACUGCCUCUUGGGUGCUUCUCUCCUAUCUGUGCCUCAUCAGUGGAGAUAUGGGGACCAUAUGAGGAAACCUCAGUUGUGCUGGCAGCAGAGGGCCACUUGGGCAGGAAUCUGGACCCAGCUAGUAGGUGGCCUGGAGAGUGGGGCCACUCACAGAUCUCCACAGUCACCUGGAGAUACAUUUGGUGGCAGAUGUAGGGAAAGACAUCUUUAUUCCUGUAAGCAAGGACCGGGGUUCUUGGGAUUAGGAACUGGUAUACAGACAGAGCUGGCCAGAGGUAGGGGACUGGCAAUCCUGGGGAGGAGAUCGGCCCUCUGUCUGGUGGGGCUCCCCUCUUAGGAAGCUUCAUCUGGCAUAGUGGGACAGGACUAGAUGGCUCCCAGAGACCCUUUCUGAGAUUGCAGAAGUCUAUGGCUUUGUGCUCUAUGCCUAGAGUCUAAGGAGAAGAAAUCACUCUUUAUAGCCAACAUCUACACUGCAGGUGCCCUGAGUACAUGGGAUGGAGAGAGGAGAGCUCACACCUGGAUGUGUGGGGUCAGCAGGUAAUAGGCAGCUAGGUCUCAGUGCACUCUGACACCAGAUGGAGAGUUCAGAGAGAAGUGACAUAGUUAACCAAUGCCAGAUCAGAGGAGGGGAAGUUCAUACUGCUCAGAAUGAGGAAGGCUUCAUCUGAGAGGCCACAGUGCUGGCAGGAAUGCAGGGUGGAAAGCACUUGGGUGCAGAGAGAUAAAGUGGUCUCUAACAUGGCUCAGAGGAAGGCUUUCCUACCAUCAACUGCAACAGCUAAAUCACCACAGAGUUGCCUUUUGCUUGCCACAGCUGACCCACUUGUGACAGAGAAGCAGGGUCAGAAGGGAGGACUGGGCUAUGCUAUGAACACAUAGAGCCUAUGGACGUCGGACCCCAGCCACCUCCUCUUCUGACUCUAAGAAGGAUCACAUUCACAGACCAGAGGCCCUGCAACAGGCCUCCUAUGUACUCACCCAGGAACCGAGUGGAGAAGGACUCUGGGACACCUGAGCAUGCUCAUACCACAGUGAGUGUGGGGUGUCAGAGAUAGAGAGGGCCUUGGGGGCUCCUUAGUGACCACCUAGUUCAGAGAUUCCAACCUAUAGCUGAGGAGAGUGAGGACUGAGGUGGGAAAGAACCAUCCAUCAGAUCUGGGAGCCCUAUUCCCAGUAUAGGCUGCCAGGCCACACUGCCUCAACUACCAGCCCUGGGUACCCAGUACUCUGGAAGUAACUGCUGGAAAGGGGAACGUCUGGAAGAGGAGAAAAGGACCAGAGUAGAAGGGUUCCUAGUCAAGGGCUUGUCCCUGUCGCUCCUUUGUGUACACUGCCUACUCUCCUCUCCGCAUCGUGGUCUCUGUCACCUUCCCUUUAUUCACACUGCCUGCCACACUCUGGCAUGGGGGUAUUCACAACUCUGGGAAUCCCCUGGUGCUACCUCCUUCCAAAGUGGUGCUGGUAUGUCCCAAUGGAUGGCAUUAGAAUGUGCUAACAUGCUUCUGGUAAGCCAAAUUGGCUCCACAUGGGGGUCUUGAGAGUGGUUGGAUACAGCCCAUGGCCUCUCAGUUAGUGUUCACCCUUGUCUGCCAUGAAGUCAGCUCAGAGAGCCAAGAUGAGUGGAAACUGUCUGUGGUCAAUACUCACUCACAAAGCACCAGGGUCUCUCUGGGUUCAUGAAUAACAUGAGUCCCCUUUCCUCCCCAACCACAAACUCUUUCCUUCAAAGAAGGUUUACUUGGUCCCCUCUGUCCAGUGAUGCCUAGGAGCCUUAGUACCUAGUACCAGAGUCCCCUCCCCAGGCUGAGCCAACUCCCAGAGGGGGCUUUCCCACUGAGUGGGUCUUCCAGCUGCUGGAGGGAGCUAUAAGACCCUGCCUCUUAAGACGUGGCUGCUUUGACAGCCAACUUCAGAGGAAAGUCUUCUUCUGAGGAAGUAAGGGAUGGUGGGGAGGGAAUCUAAAAGUGACCUCAUGUCUUUCUUGUCUAAGUCUCAUUGAGUUUCCAAUACAAAGGUCUCACACUGUGAACCACUUAAGAUGAGAUCACUUUCAGGUGGCCAUGAAUGUUGAAUGUCUUUGGCUCAGUUCAAUUCAGAAAAUAUCUAUUGAAAAGUUCUCAGAGUUGUACAUAUGCUGAACAGUACCAGGUUCUGUACAGAAAACUUUCUUUCCUAAACCAUCAACCAGGAGCUAAUGUCCAGGCAUUUUACUUGGUAGCACAAAUCUCCUCCUUGCUUAGAAAGUUGUUCUGUCCUUUCUGUCUGUCAGUGUCCCCAUUGAGUCAGGAGUCUUUGAGGAAAAGUCUUCUGAAAUGCCUGUCUUCUUCCUGUUGCCGAAAUAGCUGGUCCUUUUUUGGGACUUGGAUGCCUAGUGUGUUUUGUAUGUAAAUAGUUCUUGUAGGUGUCAACAUGAACAAAGAUAUAUUUUAUAUUUAUUUAUUGUAUAUGUACUUCAAGAAGUCAGAGAAGUGAAGAAUUGUUUUAAGUGUUAUGUUUGAAGAUGUCCUUUGGACCACUCAGAAGGAGUGUGCCCAGAGCCAAGGACAUCAGCUCUGGUUUGGAAAAUCCUCUGUAUCAUAUUAAA